CUCACAGUGACUGGGAGGGGAGUGGUUUUGGACUCACAGCUAAUCAGAGGGGCCAAUAGUAGUCAAACCAAGUGGCUGGGGGCUGCUGAAAAAGCGAGCACAUGCAGUCUGCCACCGGCAACCUAAAGGGAAUGACACGCUUCAUCUAAUUCCUGAUGGCUUUUGAUCCUCCUCCCACUGAGAGGUAAUAAAAGGAAUCUGCAGACCCUCGGAGGAUUGUUUACCCUUGGAUGCCGCUGGAGAGAGACAUCCAGUCAUUGAGAGAGGAUUAAGAACAAAUUAGAGAUCAGAGUUGUUCUAACUUAGCACCGAACUCUAUGAUGAAGAUGCUGAAUGUGGAUUUACUAGUCUUAAGUUUCUGCCUUGGUCUCGGGAUAGGAUACAGUGCUGCGGUUAAAAGACAAUAUCAGAUUCAAAACGGGCCGUGCAGCUACACCUUUCUGCUGCCAGAGCAGGAGAACUGCCAAACUCAGAGCAGCAACUACUAUUAUCCAGAUCAGAAGGAUGGACCUGCGGACGACGAGGACUCAGCUCAGAGGCUCGAACAACUGGAGAACAGCAUGGAGAACAACACACAGUGGCUGCUGAAGUUGGAGAACUACAUACAGGAUAAUAUGAAGCAGGACAUCGUCCAAAUCCAACAGACUGCUGUACAAAACCACACAGCCACGAUGAUUGAAAUCGGAACAAACCUGCUGAGUCAGACCGCAGAGCAAACACGGAAACUGUACAAUGUGGAGGCACAGGUAAUUCAACAAACAACUCGACUUGAGCGGCAACUUCUAGAAAAUUCCAUAUCAACCAACAAGCUGGAAAAACAACUAAUUGUCCAAACAAAUGAUAUCAGCAAGAUAAAUGACAAAAACAGAUUUCUGGAGAAAAAGGUGGCGGACAUGGAGGAGCAGAGGCAGGUGGAGCUGAAGACGCUUCGAGAUGAGAAAGAGCAGCUUCAGACUCUAAUACUGAGGCAGACGGCCGUCAUAGGCCAGUUGGAGCAGCAGCUGCUCAAAGUGUCCUCUAACAACAGUGCACUGCAGCAUCAGCAGCAGGAGCUCCUAGACACCGUCAACAACCUCAUUCACACCAUCUCUGCCGGCUCGGCUCGAGAGAGCAAAACUGUCAUGAUGCAGGACACUCCUACGACAUUCAUGGACUGUGCUGCCGUUUUCAAGUCCGGAAACACCCAAAGUGGAGUCUACACCCUCACUUUACCCAACACUACAAUAGAGGUUAAGGCUUUCUGUGACAUGGAGACAGAAGGAGGUGGGUGGACAGUCCUACAAAAACGCUUUGACGGACAUGUUGACUUCCACCGUACGUGGCAAGAGUACAAAAAGGGGUUUGGAGAGCCUUCAGGUGAAUUCUGGUUAGGGAAUGAAUUUGUCUCCAGAAUGACAUCUCAACAGUCCUACAAACUGAGGAUCCAGCUGAGUGACUGGGAAGGAAACUCAGAAUUCUCCCAAUAUGACCAGUUUUCUCUCGACAACGAGGCACAAAAUUACAGGAUACACCUUAAAGGCUUCAGUGGAACAGCAGGCAAAAUAAGCAGCAUUGGGCAGCCAGGAAGUGAUUUCAGUACAAAGGAUGCGGACAACGACAAAUGUGUUUGCAAGUGUUCACAACUGACAACAGGGGGUUGGUGGUUUGAUGCCUGUGGUCCGUCCAAUUUGAAUGGGAUGUUUUACCAGCAGGGCCAAAACUCAAACCGCUUCAAUGGAAUCAAAUGGUACUACUGGAAAGGGUCAGGCUACUCACUGAAGUCCACUGCGAUGAUGAUCCGACCCGCAGACUUCUCAGGUUCACUUUGAGCUGUCAAACUAUGGUUUAACCGACUGGGAGGGAAUGCUGCCCAACGAACAGCAAUAAAACCAAAACUUAAAAUUCUCAAGGGAACCAAAGCACUUCAUGAACACAUUGUUACAUACCUUUGGAAAGACAUAUUAUGGGCAUAUUUAUGUGUUUGAUCAUUUGAUUCAAAUGGGCUGUUACUUUUGUCUGUGCUAUAGAUAACUGUAGUAAUUACAUUGUGUAAUAACAGCUUUCUAACCACAAAGAAGAGGCCAUAGUAAAAUGUGGCAUUAAUUUAUAUUAUGUUCUAUUGAUCUAAAAGAUGUUAACGUAGUUUAAGCACCCAUUUAAAAGCUGCCUAUCAUUGUUAAAAAGAGACUAUGGUACAACAAGCAGAUAAACAACUUGCUCAAAGUGAUUGUUAUGUUUCUGUUAAAUGCCUUAAAUGUAAAUGCAAAUGUCAAAAUGCCACAGAAAAUGUUUUUCUUAAAGAAACUUUGUUUUUCUACUGAGAAUGUAUGUACAUUGUUUUUUUUAUUUAUAUGUAGAUUCAAAGUUUGAUAUUUAACAUUAUGAUAGAGACCUUAAUGUUCUAGUUAACUCUAGGAACUCUUAAUAUAAUUCUGAAGAACCUUCCCACUUGCUAAUACAUGACGUGUUUAUCAAGUGUUUUGUGAAUGUUUUUUUUGUAUUUAUGUAAUGUUUCUAUUUCAAGCAAAAACCAACAUGAAUGGGAACGUUUUGCGUGAAUUUCUCACCAGUAAACACUGCCUUCAGAUUUCUUUGAGGGGUGAUGUUAAUACCUGCUUAUACAAAAAGUACACAAGUGGAAUAUCAGUUGGAUAUCAAACAAGAGGAAACUCUACUGCAAUAGUCCUGUUCUACACUUUAAAACUAACCCUCAUGGUGAAUGCAUUGAUCGGAAUUUCAUCACCUUAACUAUUUCUGUAAUGUCUUCUCAUGUCAAGUACAAAAUAAAAUGUCUAAAUGCUCA